UCGUGGGUUGGAAAAGAACUGGGGGUCUCCAGUGCGGCGGCUUUAGUAACAAAGGGUAACCUGCGUAACUGCUAGGCGCGCUUCAGUUAUCGCCUCCCGAGGAGUUUGUAAACCUGCGGCUGCUAGUGCUGCAAGUCCUGCGCGGGGGGAAGGGAAAGGCCGGCAGCCACUGACCGUCUAUAUAGGAAACGGUGGUGUCGCAUCCAGAGGUUCGAGGGUUUCUGGGGCUGUUCGACUGAGAGGCGAUUUCCAGCCGACAAUGGACUCUAUGCAAAUAGGAACGAUGUCGAUGGAGGCGGUAAGCGAUGGCUCUUCGCCAACCGGAGGGAACACAAGAGAGUCCCCAUCUGCUACCGACCUUCCGGUUGUUACCCAUCCCCCUCCACAGUCUCCGCCAAUAUCAUCCACGGGCACCGCUCACGCUUCCUCCUCCUCCAAGAGAAAAAACUCAGAAGAAGAGACAGCAGAAAGGGAAGAGAAUGGUGGCCCUCCUCUUCACAGUCCAUUAUGGAAGACAAGCCUCUGUUCGUUUUUCAGGCGCCGGUCUCUGUCUUGCAGCCAUGGCGACAAGUGUCGGUAUGCCCACGGAGAGGAAGAGCUGAGGCCUCGCCCCGACAACUCCUGGGAUCCCACGUCAGAGAGGGCCAAGAAACUCCUUAAAGGGGAAGGUGCUGGCGUUAAAAUCCUUGGUCGUAAAGAGGAAGCAGAAGACGCAACCCUCUGGGAGGACGUCUGCCCUCCAACAUCGGAUAUGCUCGACGAGUCCUCGUCGGAAGCGGGUUUAUCGGCCUUCAAGAAGUGCCUCGUUCACCUGCCAAGAAAAUGGACGUCGGAGAAUCUCACGAGCUUUCUCGAUUCUGAGGGGAUUCUGUACGAAUCUGCCAGAAAGAAGAAGGGAAUGACUGUUGGUUUUGCUUGCUUUUCAUCACUAGAACAAGUCUUGCAUGCAGCAGAGAAACUGGAUGGCAAACCAAUGGGCAACAAACAUGUAAAAGUUGCAGAUGUCAUUCUACAAUCAUGUGACAUACAGCCUGCAAAGAUUAGACGUGUCCGUGAUGUUGUGACUCCACUUGCUCACAUGUCGUAUGAUGACCAAUUGGAUCAUAAAAAGAACUCAUUGACACAGAUGCUCAAAAAACUUACUCGAAGUGCUCGCAAGGCUUGUCCAGAUGCAGUUGAGCUACCUGAUUGGAUUCUUAAGUCUAGGGAUAUUGGUGGCCUUCCAUGCACACUAGAAGGGAUAAUAAGAUCUCCACUGACAAAAGGGUACCGCAACAAGUGUGAAUUUUCUCUUGGGUAUUCAUUGAUGGGUGAGCUGACUGUGGGUUUUAUGCUAGGUAAUUUCAGGGAAGGUAUUAUAGCUGUUGAGGAGCCUGUUGACUGCCCCAAUGUUUCAGAUAUUGCUCGUAAAUAUGCUUCGUUCUUCCAGGACUUUCUACGCUCUUCAUCUUUACCUGUGUGGAACAGAAUUCAGAACUCUGGGUUUUGGCGCCAGUUUACUGUACGUGAAGGUCGAAGCCCAAGUGAUGGGCCUACUUGCCCUGAAACAAAAGAUGCUUCCAUCGCAGAGGUCAUGCUUAUUGUUCAGGUUUGCUCAUUAGGUAUUGAUGAAGAACUAAAGAACAGAGAAUUCCAUAGAAUGGCAGAGGUUCUUUCCUUUGGAGCAGCAACUUCUGCCCCUCCAUUGCCCUUGACCUCGCUUGUCAUGCAGGAUCAUACGGGCAUAUCAAAUGCAGCACCAGUUGAUUCACCAACAUUUGCGUUAGCCAUACCAAAGAAGGGUAAUAUUUAUGGUCUUGAAGAACCAAAUGCAUCGGAAGCAAGAAUCCAUGACUACAUAAAUGGUCUUCGUUUUUCCAUAUCACCAACAGCAUUUUUUCAGGUUAAUACUCUGGCUGCAGAGAAGCUUUACUCGCUUGCUGGUGAUUGGGCUAGACUUGGUCCAGAUACCUUGCUUUUUGAUAUUUGCUGUGGCACUGGAACAAUAGGAUUGACGUUAGCCCAUCGUGUUGGUAUGGUUGUGGGCAUUGAAAUGAACAGUUCUGCAGUUUCAGAUGCUUGGAGAAAUGCAGCAAUUAAUGGAGUAAAAAAUUGUCAUUUUGUCUGCGCAAAGGCAGAAGAUGUUGUGGGAUCUCUUUUGAAAGAGUACGUCAUGCUGCCGGAGCAGCAUGAUGCUUCCACACAUAUCUCUGGAAGCAACGGUCAGGGAACUGAUGCUAAUGGAGUAACUGUUGAUUUUGUUGGUCGAUCCAGUCCUAUUCUUGAAACAGAGCCUGAAAGUUCUACUGACACAAAGAGAGUAGGUCAUGUUCAUAACCCUAUGCAUCAUGUGGAUGAUGUUGUGGCCACAGAAAAUCAGUUAAUCCGAAACAGUUACCUCAGCACUGACAGAGAGAACUGUACUCAUGAUUCUGAGUCCACUGAGCCAUCAAGCCAUAGCCGUGCUUCUGAGGAAGUACUAAAUUUUACUUACGAUGGUGCUACUAGUGAUUCUGGGCUACCUCUUUCAAAGAAUGAUAAAUUGGAUCAUGCUGAACCUUUACAAGGCAACAACAAGUUGAAUGUUCUGCAGUUUAAAGACGUUGUUGCAAUAGUGGAUCCACCAAGGGUUGGCUUGCAUCCUUCUGUGAUCAAAGCAUUGCGGACUCAUCCAAGCUUACGUCGUCUUGUCUACAUUUCAUGCAAUCCUGAAAGUUUGGUAGCAAAUGCAAUAGAGUUGUGUACUCCAGUUAUCAAUAAACCGGAAAAAGGGAAAAACAGAGGUUGCUGGAGGAACAUGAGCAGUGCAGGCUUGGCAAGGCAGAGGGUAAAAUCUAUGCCGGUGUCUGUACCUUUUCAACCUGUGAAGGCAAUGGCUAUCGAUUUAUUUCCUCAUACUUCUCACUGCGAGAUGGUUAUGCUUUUCGAGAGGUGACAUGGUUUCAUGACUUCGCUAGUUUUGAGAUGUGGAAACUUGUAGCUGUAGAUUAGGCGCUUAAGGAAUUUCAUUGGAUGUGGUGAACAAAUGCUGGCUUGUCAUUGCUUCACAAGAUUAAAAAUUGCAGAAGCUUUUGUUAUAAUCUUCAAAUUUAUUAAAUAAUUACUUAAAUUAUAGCAGAACAGAUUUUAAGCA